AUGGCGACGGCUCAGUCCUCCAUGAUUCCUCAGCUGGAGUUGCUCGACCCCACUACGAAGCCCAAGGAGCUGUCUUUCCCGCUUCCUAGGGCUUUCCACACCACCGGCCAUGUGCAUCUGACUGUUAUGAAGGCUUGCACAAUGGUCCAUCUUGCUACAUCGACUCCAGGCGAAUCGUCUGGCUCAUUCAAGCCGAUGGGUAGCUUCGUCUACGCUAUGCCUGAUCGAACGUCACCCAACCAAACAUUAUCCACCACCCUUUACACAACGCCGUCCAGCAUCGAGUACACCACGAGAGUGGCCAAGAUUCUAGCGAGGAGAAUGCAGCGUCCUGUGUACGUUGGUUGCAGUAUUGAUCCCAAUGGGUUGGGACAGACAGUUGAGGAGGAAAUGGAGGGCCUCAAGUACAUUGUGGAUUUAAUCAUGGAGAAUUGCAAUGACGCCAAGCCAGAAUGA